UCUGCGGCCCCCGGGCGGUGUUGGGGCGGGAGGCUUCACCCGAGGGAGGGGUAAUGGCGACUUGGCCCAUUUUCUCCGAGGGCCUUUGUGUAGCGGGGGAAACUGAGGCACGGGGCUCUCUGGCUUGUGCCUGAGGUGUGGACACAGCAGUCCCCAGACCUGCCCUACGGGCUCCUGUGAUAACUAUUAAAAUCAAUUAAGGAAUCUGAACUAGCCCUACGUUACAUACCCUCCCCCCUUUAUUUUUCCCCAUAGAGGGCCAUGAGUUUGUCUUGCCACAUGAAAGAUGACCUUUCGAUCAAAGAACGUCAUCUGUUCCUGUUCUCCUUACUUGGCUCACCCUGUUUUCAGCUCAUUUUCGUGCGGGGGUAACCCAGGUCCCCACCCCCUUGCGCCCCGGGAGUGACUGGAAGAGCCCUUUCCUGUCCGUGGUUAUCACUGACCCCUCCGUGGGGCGCGCCCCGAGCGAAAAGAGCACGAUGGCGGCGUCCGAGGUCGCCGGUGUGGCCAGUGCCCCCAAACCCCCGGAGUCCUCUGGUCUGUGCGCUUCCAAAUCAGAAGAAGGCCUGCUAGAUGGUCUAAGCCCCAAAGACCCUGCACAGAAGCACAAGAACUCACCUCUGUCGAGUACUGACUUUAAGACGGCUGAUUCAGAAGUAAACACAGAUCAAGAUAUUGAAAAGAAUCUGGAUAAAAUGAUGACAGAGAGAACCCUGUUGAAGGAACGUUACCAGGAGGUCCUGGACAAGCAGAGGCAAGUGGAGGAUCAGCUCCAAGUGCAACUAAAGCAACUUCAGCAAAGGAGAGAAGAAGAAAUGAAGAACCACCAGGAGAUAUUAAAAGCUAUCCAGGAUGUAACGAUAAAGCGAGAAGAAACAAAGAAGAAGAUAGAGAAAGAAAAGAAAGAGUUUUUGCAGAAGGAGCAGGAUCUGAAAGCUGAAAUUGAGAAACUUUGUGAGAAGGGCAGAAGAGAGGUGUGGGAAAUGGAACUGGAUAGACUGAAGAAUCAGGAUGGUGAAAUAAAUCAGAACAUUAUGGAAGAGACAGAACGGGCCUGGAAGGCAGAGAUCUUAUCACUAGAGAGUCGGAAAGAAUUGCUGGUGUUGAAGCUAGAAGAAGCUGAAAAAGAGGCAGAGCUGCACCUUACUUACCUCAAGUCAACUCCCCCAACACUAGACACAGUUCGUUCCAAACAGGAGUGGGAGACAAGACUGAAUGGAGUUCGGAUGAUGAAAAAGAACGUUCGGGACCAGUUUAAUAGUCACAUCCAGCUAGUGCGGAAUGGGGCCAAGCUGAGCAGCCUUCCUCAGAUCCCUACUCCCACUCUGCCUCCGCCCCCGUCUGAGACAGACUUCAUGCUUCAGGUGUUUCAGCCCAAUCCCUCUUUGGUUCCUCGGAUGCCCUUCUCCAUUGGGCAGGUCACAAUGCCCAUGGUUAUGCCCAGUGCAGAUCCCCGUUCCUUGUCUUUCCCAAUCCUGAACCCUGCCCUUUCCCAGCCCAACCAGCCUUCCCCACCCAUUCCUGGCUCCCAUGGGAGAAAUAGCCCUGGCUUGGGUUCCCUUGUUGGCUCCCAUGGUCCACACAUGCCCCCUGCCGCCUCCAUCCCGCCUCCCCCAGGCUUGGGCGGUGUUAAGGCUUCUACUGAAACUCCCCGGCCCCAACCAGUAGACAAACUAGAGAAGAUCCUGGAAAAACUGCUGGCUCGGUUCCCACAAUGCAAUAAGGCCCAGAUGACCAACAUUCUUCAGCAAAUCAAGACGGCACGUACCACCAUGGCAGGCCUGACCAUGGAGGAGCUGAUCCAGCUGGUAGCUGCACGACUGGCAGAACAUGAGCGAGUGGCAGCAAGUACUCAGCCACUCGGUCGGAUCCGGGCCUUGUUCCCUGCUCCAUUGGCCCAAAUCAAUACCCCAAUGUUCUUGCCUUCUGCACAAGUUUCAUAUCCUGGAAGGUCUUCACAUGCUCCAGCCACCUGUAAGCUGUGUCUCAUGUGCCAGAAGCUGGUCCAGCCCAGCGAGCUGCAUCCAAUGGCAUGUACCCACGUGUUACAUAAGGAGUGCAUCAAAUUCUGGGCCCAGACCAACACAAAUGACACUUGUCCCUUUUGCCCAACUCUUAAAUGAUGGACCUGAUUGGGGAGGAAGAAGAGAAGCUGAUGUGAACAGGAAGCGCGGGUUCAAGAUUUCUAAAACUCUAUAUUUAUACAGUGACAUAUACUCAUGCCAUGUACAUUUUUAUUAUAUAGGAAAUGUGUGUAUAGAAAGUCUGUAUUCAAAUGUUCGUAAUGAAAGUAUGUAUAUUAUGGAAAAAUGGUCUGUCCCCCUCAGCUUGCAAUUCCUUUAGGGGGAUGCAGAUUGUAGCUAAGAUGAUAUUUAGUUUGGCCUUGAAAUUAUGAUAUUCCUGCCUAAGGCUGUUUUCAAAUACAAUAUAAAAACCAUUAGGAAGCUG